CAUUCAGUACUUAGUUUCACUGUCUGUUUUCCAAUUCUCCAAGUUAUCUUUGUUUCUUUCUCAGAUCAGCAGGUCUGUUUUGAGUGUCUGGCCCCUUCUGUUUUUGAUCCCUUCUUUCACAUUUUUAGUUUUAAGCAUCCUUGACUUACAGUCUCCAUCACACUCACCUAGGACCUGAAGCUCACGGGCAUCCUGCUGUAUCCUGACUCCUUUUCAUGAUCUGUUCUCGUGUUUUGGGAUCUGGGAUGGCGGGCUCAUGGCCAGCUCGGGCCUCUAUCUGUGAGACUCCCGCAUGGUCUGCUUUGCAGGCAAGUCCUUCCAGAUGGUUUUUGCCUAUGCUCCCAGCAGGUGCCCCAGAAGUCCUGUCCUGAGCCCAUUUUAGGUGUGGUUCUCAGCUUGUGGCUCUGUCCCUACACGGCGACAAAAUCCCAAACACCCUUCUUGCUGAUCUUGGCAUCUGGCCCCUAUUUUUCAACUUCCCAGUGAUGUUUCUGGGGCUUCCCUUAGAUGCUUACAAGUUGGUUAGGUGUUUAUUUUAUCUAGCAUUGCUAGGAGUGCUGUAGCAGGAGGGCUUUUUGAGUUCGUGGAUAGUCACGUUGCUGGAAGCGGAAUUUGGCAGCAGGAGUACUUCUGAACCCCCGUUGGAGGGAUCCAGCUGGGGGCAGGAUGCCGGCCUUCCGUCUUGCCCAAGCUGGAGACUGCGAGUGGAAAACUUUCCCAUCCAGUUCCACAGGCCCUUGGCUGCCGAGCGGGAAUGCCUGAGACGCCAGGUUAAUUCCUAGGAAUGUCCCAGGUCAUUCCACCCUCCCUCCCCAUCCUUCCGCCAGGCCUUUUGGGAGAGAAGCAAUGGCCCCUUGCCCUGGCAAUUUCACCCCUGCUCUGCCUGCCACGUGGACCGAGGUCUAAGGCCUCCCCACCAGGCCGGGCCAUGUGCCCCGGUGGUUCAGAGCAGGGGUCUUCCAUUCAGCUUGACUUGGGUCCAAAUCCCACCGGUGUUUCUUAAUUCUGGGUGACUUUGGAUAAGUGGCAUUCCCACCCCCCAUCUGAAAGUGGUCUCAAUAAACAGCGCAAGAAAAACCACACCAAAACCAUUGAGGCGGUCCCCUGUGGGUGGAGUUGAGGUCCUCUCCAGUCUCUUGCUGAUACAAAAGGCAGCGAAUAACCCUGAGCUUGCAUCUUGCCUCACCUGAGGAGGAUGAGUUCCUGAGCAGGUGUCCUGGAUCAGGGAUGUGAUUUGCACCUUCUGCAGCAAAUGCUCAGCGGCUACCGAUUUACAGUGCUACCAACAGGCGUGCCCGUGUCACACACACACACACACACACCCAGCCGGGUGUAAGCACACUUUGAUGUCUGCCAAUCUUGGGUGCACAGUCUCAUCCGAGUUUUAAGCCAGUCUCACCUGCGUGAGAUUGAGCACCUCGUCAAACCUCCACAAGCUGUUCGUAUUUCCCUUGCCUCAGAAGCUCUCGCAACUGCACAGUGCCAGGCACCAUGUUACACACUAAAUGCGUCUUCUGUCUGUCCUCCCCACGUGGGAGGGACUCUGGUUUAGCCCCCUUUCACGGCUGGGGAUGGAGGCUCACUUCCCUGGGGUGAUGGGAAGGGCAGGGAGGUCGCCGGGACCAGGGUGGGGCCUAACCGCCCCUCUGCUCUGAUGCCCUCUGACCCUAGGGCAGGACUGAGGUCCCAGGGGGCUCAGGUUGGCCUUCUAGAGACAGGAGUCCCUGCGGGGUGAGCUUCCUGCCCCUGGUGUCCCAGCUCUUGGCUGUCCCCGGGCCUCUCCCCUUUCCUGUUUUGAUGCUGGCCCCGCCAGGCCCGGAGACAGGGGCAUGAUGUCUUAAUCCUCCAGGCAGGAGCCACGAUGGAUUCCCCAUCAGCUCACCCACCUGCCAACCCACCUCUUCCCCCUACCCACAUCUGCUCUACCUGGACCUGCCCGUCACCAUGGCCACAGGACGAGUCCUGCUAGGCUCUCUGCUGCUCCUGACCCUGCACUUGGACCUCCGCGGGGGCCCUGGGGCCUGGGGGGCUUCGGUGGCAGAGGAGGAGCUCUUGUCUGAGCCAGUGGUGGACAGAGGGACCUGGAGGCCGCAGCUGGGCACCCGCCCGCGCCGAGCCCUGGCCGGUCCGUGCCAGCUGUGGAGCCUACCCUUGCCCGUGGCCGAGCUGGGCUUGGGCUACACGUCGGAGGAGACGGUCAUCUUCCGCUACUGUGCCGGCAGCUGUCCCCGCGGCGCCCGCACCCAGCACGGCCUGACGCUGGCCCGGCUGCGGGGUCAGGGCCGAGCCCACGGUGGGCCCUGCUGCCGCCCCACCCGCUACGCCGAUGUGGCCUUCCUCGACGAUCGCCACCGCUGGCAGCGGCUGCCCCAGCUCUCGGCGGCAGCCUGUGGCUGCGGCGGCUGAGAAUGCCCGGCCUGGGGCCCUGCAGCCGCUGGAGGAGCUCAGCUGACUUAUUUAUUGGAGGCUUGGAUGCUGAGGCGAAGA